UAGGAUUUAUUGUCAUAUUUUUCUGCCCUGCCAAAAUUUGUGAAAUUGUUUAAAUUUUCUUAUUGAUGUCUUGUUCACGUAAAUACAAGCACCCAAAAGAACUGUCUGGCAAUACGAGAAAGCCAACUGGGAGGGACUCAACGAAUUCUUCAAAAACUUUAACUGGUCGCUAUACUUCCUUGAUAGUGACGUUGAUUCCAGUGCAGAUAUGAUAACAAACUUAAUUCUCUCCGGAAUGAGAAAUUUUAUCCCGAAUAGGGUUAAAACAAUCAAACCGAAAGAGAGAGCGUUUAAUUGAUUCUGUGAUAAAACUUAACAAAGAUGCCAAAGUACGAGUAUACGCAACAGAAACAAGCUGGACAAUGCGCGAAAGACUGGAAAAACGAAAUUUCACAAUCAUCGAUAAAAUAACCAACAUUCAAAAUGUUCCCCUUGUUGCUUGUUUAAACGUAUUGGACAGAUGCAUCGAUCCUUAUGAACUGUUACAAGAUAUCUACAACGUUCUAGCUCCAAAUGGACGAGUAGUAAUAGCCCUAGUAUUGCCAUAUGUUCAUUAUGUUGAAUUCAAUACCUCGCAUUUGCCAAUACGACCACUCAUGGCACAUUGGCCAGACAAAGCUAAGCAGUUCUCAUUCGAAGCUGAAGCAAUGAUGUUCUUUGAGAUGCUAGAGAACUUUGGCUUUAAGGUAGAAUCGUGGACUAAGGCACCAUAUUUGUGUGAAGGAGAUCUUAGGCAGUCUUUUUACUGGCUAAUUGAUCUCGUUGUUGUUCUGUCAAAGAAACGACCACUCAUGGCACAUUGGCCAGACAAAGCUAAGCAGUUCUCAUUCGAAGCUGAAGCAAUGAUGUUCUUUGAGAUGCUAGAGAACUUUGGCUUUAAGGUAGAAUCGUGGACUAAGGCACCAUAUUUGUGUGAAGGAGAUCUUAGGCAGUCUUUUUACUGGCUAAUUGAUCUCGUUGUUGUUCUGUCAAAGAAAUAACUUUUUAAACUACAAUUUUCUACCUCUUUUUAUCUUAUUCUGGUUUGUAAAUUUGUCUGUUUUUUGACUAUGUAUUUAUUUUGAGAUAAAAUCCUAUAUACAUUUAGGUUCAGACUUAAGUAGAAUUAAUUUAAAACAAAUAUAGUCAUAAAUUUCAGCUUCAAUAAAUUUUAUCAAAUAAAUGUAAUAUUUGCAAGAAAUGAUUUUUUUAAUCAAAUC